AUGGAACCAGAUCCGCUGAUUCCACAGAGCGCUUGGCUCCUCGCCCAAGCCAGCGUCGCCGCCGGCCAUAAGACGCUGUGCCAAUUCGCGUCCACCUUGCGUAUCCCAGGCCGUCAGCAGAAGAUGACCAAAAAUAAUGACAUCCCACUCACAAUUGGCCCUGGAAGAGAUGGGGCAUUGAGUAGUUAUACCGGUUUCUUGUCCGCCUUCGAGCAGGAGCAGUCCCUGACGAGUGCGUUUGAGUCGUGGGAGGCAACCAUGAGAGAGUUACCGUCUCUGCUGCGGCAGGGACGCGCUCACAAGGCGAUAUGUAAUCUGCCCUCGCUAUUGCCCGAGCUGGCCCGUCUCGAGGAGCGAUACUUGUCUCGCGCCGCUAUUGUCAUCAGCUCACUUCUCCACAGUUUUGUCUAUGAAAUGCGGAACCUGGGCCAUGAUAGUUCCACGAUCGAUUUGCCAGACAAUUUGAUGGCAGCAUGGGACUAUGUCUCGUCGCAGCUCGGACGACCGCAGACGGUCCGGAUGAUCGCAGAUGACAUGCUGAACAACAUUCGGCGACUUCCGGGCCCGUCCGUCUGUCUCUCAACGGAGUACUUCGACAUGCAGGAGGAGCGCAUGUCCGUCGGGCUGCAGGUCGAGAUGGAAGAAGCAUUUGCACCCGCUCUGGAGAUGAUGACCAACGUGCAGAAAAACAUUCUUGCAUGCGACGACUGCGCCAUCAUGAAGGAGCUCGGAGGCAUCGCAGAGCGCAUCAUUGCAUGCGCAGCCGCCUUCUGCUCGGUGUCAUUCCGACAUGGCCAGGACGGAUUCGACCCCGUCUUCUGGGGUAAAACGUAUCCAGAGAUUGGGAGGCCGCUUCGCUCCGGCGGACUGACCAACAGCGGUGUCAAUUCGCCCUUGUUCCACGCCCUGGAUUCUUUCCUGGGCACGAUCGACCCGACAGAUGACCUUCACGAGCAGCAGAUUGCCCGCCGUGUGCUGCUGCCGCAUCCGAUCCGGCGCUUCAUCGAGGAGCUCGAAGAUCCCCGAUAUAGCAUUCGAUCGUACGUCGAAUGGAGCGGUUCACCUGCCGUCGCCGCUUCGUUCCAUGCAGUGCUUCAGACCUACGCUUGGUUUCUUGAGAGACACCGGGUUAGGGCCAUCAGCGCUAUCAGUAUCGCAAUUGCAUCGGGGCGGCCGCGGACUGCCGGGGGUGCUCAGCAGGACCGCCUGAAGAUCCCUCUGGAUGAAAUGCUCAAUCGCCAGAUGCAGGGGGCGAUUGAGAGGCGUCUCCGGGGUCUGCCACAGACGUUGACAGCGAAGGUAGUUUCUGUGGCGUUGGCAGGGAGGAAGGCAACGUCGCUGACGCUUCUUUUCCCUUGUCCCUUGCCCGUGGAGGCCGGCGACAGGAUUCAGAUCUGGCCACGAAGUAGAGUUGGUCCUUUGGAAAUGGCUCAAGUCCAGCGGAUUGUGGGCGAGAAGUUGGAAGCAGCCGAUCUCGCUGCCUUGCAGGACGCGCUGGCGUCUCGUGACUUGCGGCCGCUGGUCACGAUGGAACGUCGACCAGGCAUCUCUGCCCAAGUCCUGCUCGACACACUGCCUGUCCUUCGCCCACGGCAUUACACAGUGACCCAAGUCGAAGCAAACGUCGACGGCCUGGCACAACGCGUCGUGCUCACCGUCGCCCACUGUGAAGGCUUCUCGGCGGAAUUUCUGCGACGAAGCGUGCCUGGUCAACUCCUUACCACAAGACUGAUCCCAGAGCCGCGGUUUCGACUUCCAGCCGAUGACAAGAUACCAUUAUUGCUAAUCGCACAGGGCGCUGGGGUGGGACCGUUUCUGGGAUUUCUCCGCAAGCGAGCGUUGCGCAGCAAUGGCAACGUGGGAGCUGUGACCCUCGUUCUCGGUGCAAGAGAACCAGAAGACGUUCCUUACCGGGAGGAAUUGGCUGUCCUCUCGCAGCGACUGCCCUUGACAGUGCACCUGGCCCUGUCUCGGAGUGAAGGAUGCACCAUUCAGCGCGGCGAGGAGAGCCGAUGGGACAGAGUAAUGAAAGCCCCUGACAUCCUGGUCAGCUUGGAAGCAGACAUCAAGACACAAUGCAAGGAAAAGGGGGCGCAUAUUUAUGUCUGUGGCAGUGUUGGCUUCGGGUCGUCAGUUCGCUCCACCCUGCUCGGGAUGGAUGUGAUCGAUGAGAGCCGGUAUCAUGAAGAUUGUUUCGGAGGCCACGCCCCAGUAGUCACGCGAAGAGAGGUGACGGUUGCAGAACUCGCCCGCCACAACAAGCCUGACAGCCUGUGGAUGGCAAUCGACGGAAUUGUGUACGACCUGACCACUUUCGCUGAGAGCCACCCGGGAGGGUUGAAGACAUUGAUCGAGUCCGCCGGAACAGUGGCUGAUCGUCGAUUCUAUCUGGUUCACUCGGGGGACUACAGCCAAGGGAUCAUCACGCAGAUCGCUCAAUUCGCGAUAGGGCCGUUGCGUGAAGGGAAUCUGUCUCCAAGCCGGAUCCAGAAGCUGUCGCAGAUCGUGCAAGCGCAGAAUAUCCUGUCCAACAAUACGUCCUGUGCGCCGGGGCGCAAGAUGCCGUUCUUCAUCUACUGCGACAGUCUGCUCGUCUCUCGAAAGGACCUGGAGAGGAUUGCAAGGAAUGUGCAGGACAACACUGUCCCGUCGGGACUGUUCAACGAGCUGGAGAAACUCUUUACAGAUCUCAGGACGGCCAGCUGGCAAUUCCUAGCUAAUGCUCUCGACACGCCAUUGCCAGAAAGAGAGAACAAGGUGCUGUCUACAUAUUCGACGCAUUGGGCAGAAUUCGAUGCACUGUUUGAAGAACUGAAAGAUCUAUGCUGUGACAAUAGUAGCGACGAUGAUGAACAUAAUGAUAAUGACGAAAAUUUUGUCACGAGAUUCGACACGAUAUUACGAACAAAUAUUGCGAAAAUGAUGGAGUCUGUUAAAAACGGAAUUCAAGCGUUAACGUGCGAGCCGUUAAUGGGCGGACAGAAUUGA